GUUAGCAUUGCUUGCCCAGAAAGGAUGGAGCCAAUCACGAAGGUGUCUCACAUUCCACCAAGUCGAUGGGCUCUAGUGUGUAGUUUAUGCAAACUGAAAACUGGUGCUUGCAUUCAGUGUUCUGUGAAAAGCUGUAUCACUGCCUUUCAUGUCACCUGUGCCUUUGAGCAUAGCUUAGAGAUGAAGACUAUCCUGGAUGAUGGGGAUGAGGUCAAGUUCAAGUCGUAUUGUCUAAAGCACAGCAAGAACAAACAGAAUUCGCUGCCUGAUGUUGAUGAGCACCCCAAGAGCAUGUCAGACCAGAAGCAAACAGAGAGUGAGAAAACCAGUUUGCGAGCCCAGAAACUCCGAGAGCUGGAAGAAGAGUUUUACUCACUAGUUAAAGUGGAGGAUGUUGCAGCAGAACUGGGCCUUCCUAAACUUGCUGUAGACUUCAUCUACAAUUACUGGAAAUUAAAGCGAAAAAGUAACUUUAACAAACCAUUGUUUCCUCCCAAGGAGGAUGAAGAAAAUGGCUUGGUGCAGCCAAAAGAAGAUAGCAUUCAUACUCGCAUGCGGAUGUUCAUGCAUUUGAGGCAAGACCUAGAGAGGGUAAGAAAUCUCUGCUACAUGGUAAGCAGGAGAGAGAAACUGAAGUUGUCUCACAGUAAAGUACAUGAACAGGUCUUCAAUUUGCAAGUCCAGCUCAUUAAUCAGGAAAUUGCUGCAGGCCAUGCCCUGACAAGUGCACUAGAGAACACACUGUUCUACCCACCUCCCAGGAUCACCCUGAAGUUAAAAAUGCCCAAAUCAGCACUAGGAGACUGCAAAAAUAACUCUCUGAAGCCUGGCAACAGACCGCUUUCUCCUGACAACAACAGCACUGUUUACAGCAAACGGAGCGUGCCGAUGUCAAAGGAAUCAUUUGAAAUUAAAGCAAAAUCUUACUCCAGGUAUCAGCAUGACAGCAGAAGUAACGGAUUGCUGGCAGGGAUUGGCAAGCCUCGGAGCGAGGCGAAGGAUUCUGGCCCCACACAGAUGCCGGAGUUUCACCGGGCCCAGCCGUCCGGGAAGCCCUUAGCACUCCAGGCUGCUUUGCAUGGACAGUCUUCCAUUGGGAAUGGGCGGGUGCAGCAGGAGAACUCGAGGCUGGCAGCCAAGUCCAACGGUCUGAUGGGCAGGGCUGGAGACGUGAGCCAGAGAGACAGCUCCAGCCAGACACCCUACGAACAAGAGUCCGUGCUCACGGCUCAUUUGGCCAGCCAGAGCGGUUUCAGAAAAUCCACCAUAGAACAUUUUAGCCGGUCCUUUAAAGAGGCUACCAACAGUCUGGUGAGGACCACAGAAGAUCUCCGGUGCUGUGAAAAGCCAGCGAGAAGACUUGCAACAAAAGAUCGCUUGUGGAGCAAGCAGACGCUUGAAGGUGCUCCGUACCAGGACAACGACGGGUAUUGUCCUGACUUAGAACUGAGUGACUCUGAAGCAGAAAGUGAUGAAAACAAAGAGCAAGUGAGGUUAAGACGAAGUAGCUCAGAGAGAGAAAGCCCAAGUAAGGACUUUGGAAGAGAUUGCCACAAUAGAAACAAAAAGAGUAUGAUUUCUCACAGUUCAGUACAAAGGUGA